AUGGCUGAGGAAGGUCACAACGUCUCUUUGAACGUGUAUGACUUGAGCCAGGGUCUAGCCCGACAAUUGUCUACAACGUUUUUGGGGAAGGCAAUUGAAGGCAUAUGGCAUACUGGAGUUGUAGUUUAUGGCCGUGAAUACUAUUUUGGAGGUGGCAUACAGAGUGAUCCAGUUGGGAAAACCCCAUAUGGAACUCCUAUCCGAGUUGUUGAUCUUGGCGUGACUCAUGUUCCGAAAGACGUAUUUGAAAUGUACCUAGAAGAAAUUAAUCCCCGAUAUACUGCCGAGACAUACAGUUUGAUGACCCACAACUGCAACAAUUUUAGCAAUGAGGUUGCCCAGUUCCUGGUCGGUGCUACUAUACCGGACUACAUUCUGAAUCUUCCAAAUGAAGUUAUGAGCAGCCCAAUGGGUGCUCUCAUGUUGCCUAUGAUUCAACAAUUAGAGACAACCCUAAGGGCGGGUGCUGUGCCCCAGGCGCCUCAAUUUAAUCCAGCUGCAGCCGCUCGCCCAAGUCAGGCACCCACUGUUGCCAAAUCUGCCAAUGUUGGCAACACACAAUCAACGAGCACAAACGACAAAAAGGCCAAAAACUUGAAGCAAGAUCCCGCCAAACAAAAUGCUGAGAAAAAAAAUGUUGGCACUUGCAGUGAGACACAAGAGAAGCCUCCUGCCGAGCCGCGAGACCCACUUGGAGAUGCUCGAAGCAAAGUACAAGAGGAGAUUAGCAGCGAGUUUGCGGCAAUCAUGGCGACUGGCACCUUGCGUGCAAGCGAGGCUGCGGCACUGGCAACUAGGAGAGUGAUGCAGAGAUACGGGCAUAUGAACACGGUGCAGAGCUAG